AUGUCUACGUACGACGACGAAUCCAAAGUAGGUUUGUAUAACCGUGGAAAAUUGAAUGUGUUAAAAGGCUUACGAAGGAACGUCGAUUGGGAGAUUGAAACAGAGCGAGUUGAAUUUCUCUUUCGAUUUGACCUUUUGAUCAACGAUUGGAAGGGUCAAUUUCCGAACCUGCGGGACUUUUUUCGUCCCGAAGAGAUUGAGUGCAUUCUCAAGGAUUCCAUAAAGUGCAUAGAGGAACACGUGCAUUAUGGUGCAGGUGAAAGAUUCAUCAAGUUUGUGGUUAGGACAGGAUACAAAGACGAACCCGACGUCGAUGAAUACCUCAAGCCACUGCUACAUCGCACUACUGCACUGCAUCUGGCGGCUAAAGACAACUGCAGUAGCUAUAUCGUACCUGAACUUUUUAAAAUAUACGACAGGUGCGAUGUGAAUUACAUUGACCUAAAUGGAUGUACCCAUUUUCACGUAGCCUGUAAGAAUGGCUGUGACGACAUUGUCGAGAAAUUUCUCGAGUUUGGCCAGGAUCCCAAUUGUCUUGAACAAAAAUCAUUCGAUACACCGCUAAACUUGGCUCUGAGUAAUGGCUGCAGAAAAGUGGUCAAAUUGUUGCUAACAAACGGCGCCGAUCCGAAUUCGGCUGAUGAAAAAGGACGUACACCUCUGCACGCUCUAUGCUCUAGAGGCGUUGAUGAUGACUUGGCAGAGAUCUUCUUUCAAGUUUGUGAUGCUAUCGACAAGACGGUGCAGGUCGAUGCCAUAGACAAUACGGGUGUUACACCACUACGAUCUGCUUUAGUCUUGGGUACAAAACGAAUUGCCGAGGUGCUACUGAGAAGAGGAGUCGACCCGAAUUUAUCCAACAAGGAGGGUUUGACUGCUCUGCACCAUAUUGCGUUACGCCAAAUAGACGAUGACUUGGCGGAAACAUUUUUCAAAAUUUGCGACGACAUCCAGCAGACGGUGCAGAUCGACGUUCAGAAUGAGUUGGGUUGGACACCAUUGCACUUAGCUGUGUGCAAUAGCCACAGGAAAUUAACCGAGUUACUACUGAGAAGAGGAGUUGACCCGAAUUUAUCCGACAAGGAGGGAUUCACGGCUUUGCACCAUAUCGCGUUACGCGAAACAGACGAUGACUUGGCGGGCACAUUCUUCAAAAUUUGCGACGACAUCCAGCAGACGGUGCAGAUCGAAGUUCAGAAUAAGUUGGGUUGGACACCAUUGCACUUAGCUGUGUGCAAUAGCCACAGGAAAUUAACCGAGUUACUACUGAGAAGAGGAGUCGACCCGAAUUUAUCCGACAAGGAGGGAUUCACGGCUUUGCACCAUAUCGCGUUACGCGAAACAGACGAUGACUUGGCGGGCACAUUCUUCAAAAUUUGUGACGACAUUCAGCAGACGGUAAAGCUCGAAGUUCGAGAUAAGAGGAGUGACACACCAUUGCACUUGGCUCUGGACAAUGGUCUCAGGAAAUUGACUGAGUUACUACUAAGAAGAGGCGCCGACCCGAAUUCGGCCGGCGAGAAGGGAUUAACGGCUUUGCACUAUAUCGCGUUACGCGAAACAGACGAUGACUUGCCGGAAAUGUUCUUCCAAAUUUGUGACGACAUCCAGCAGACGGUGCAGAUCGACGUUCAGAAUAAAUUGGGUCGGACACCAUUGCACUUAGCUGUGCGCAAUAGCCACAAUAAAUUAACCGAGUUACUACUGAGAAGAUAG